CGGCCAGCAAUUAGAAGGGCCGGCGUACUGAGGGGUCCUAUAGAAUAUGACGAAUCGUAUUUUUAAGGCGUUACUACGGGACAUGCAUUACCACGGAAACAUGCAGAUACAACCAAACCGCAAACACGUUGCGUCCUCCCCCCAUCUGGUAGGUAAACAAACGCGAACUGGACCUCUUUGAGGAUGAACGUACCGUUUGUCCCCCUCUUCGAUGAACUUUAAUUCUUUUCGAUCUAACGUGGAGCUCAAAAUUCUCAACGUGCCGGCAAACUGUGAACUUAGUCCGUACCCGGAGUGCAGGUGGUUUUCAGGCAUCCUCGUAAAAUUUCCCAGGCACCCUGAGCUAUCUCUUGGGACCUGAUAACACCACUUCUACCAACUGAUUGGCUUUUCCCGCCGUUCUUAUCUCCACGCUUACAGAAACCAACUUCUCAACACUCAUAGGCGUCCUGGCUGCUGGUAGCCACACCGUAAUAACAAGAUGUCGUGGGCAUGCGGGACGUGCUGGCGCAGAUUCACCACUUUCCAAGGUCGAGAGCAGCAUAUGGACGCACUAGAUCAUUCCGUGCCGGAGCACGAAUGCGAUAGAUGCUCUCGCUAUUUCAACUCCCGCAGCGCCGUCGUUAAUCAUAUGGACGCGAAGAACCAUUGGUAUUACGGAUGCAGCAUCUGCAAUGCAACCUGGCCGACCGAGGAAGAGGUGAAAGAGCACAAGAUAGAGGAUCAUUAUUACUGCAGGGAUUGCGACCGAGACUUCUACGAUCACAACAGCAUCAAGAUGCAUUUUAACUCCCGCGUCCAUCGAGGCUACUGUGCGAAGUGCCCUUUCUGCGGGAAGAGUUACACAUCCGCCACUGGUCUCUCCCAUCAUCUGGAAGGAGGAAGCUGCCCACAGGCGCCGUUCCUAAAUCGAGAUGAGGCGUAUAAGCUUGUCAGAUUCAAAGAUACAAAGGGCCUCAUCUCCAAGAAUCUAAUCGAGUGGAACGGUUCUCCGCAGUACGAAGCUACGACCGAAGCGUGGAACGGAUACGCUUUCAAAUGCUAUAUCUGCCAUGGCGAGUUUCGCUCUCUUCAGUCUCUAAACCAGCACCUGGGCUCUCCUGUUCGUAAGUUCUCAGACUGAUCUUUCCAGGGCAUGUUUUCAAGUAACGUGGUUAUCACUGACAUCCUGUGGUAUGUUACAG